UAUCUAUCUAUCUUGCUUGCAUUUUCUCCUCUCUCCUUCUCUCUCUCUCUGUUUCUAUCCCUGUGUUUUGUUACUUGUUCUCUUUCUCUUACAUUCAUUUUUCUUUCUUUUCCCUCUUUUUUUUUUGAAAUUAUCAUAGUUUUACUGUCUCUUUACUGUCUCAGAAUUUCUUUCUUUCUUUCCUUAUCACUCUUCAUUCACUCACUUGCUCAGUCAUUCAUUGACACACUCACUCACUCAUUCAUUCACUCGCUGUUAUCUAUAUCCAUCACUAACAGACCAAGCCAACACACAACACAGGCAGCAUAAAACAGCAGCCAGCAUUCAAUGUACAACUCUACAAAAGGAUACACAUCACACUCAACUAACCAACGCUGGACAGGAUCUGACCAAAAAUUUAGUAUUAAUUCAGUGUAAUUCCUGUUUAUGAAUGAUUGAUUCAAUGCCUUUACAACAGAAAGAAAUGUUAGUGAAAAUAUAUGUUGCCCUCCUACUGAAUACUAUGUCUUAUGGGUUUGAUCUGUCAUACCGUGUUAAAGAGGCUCAGAGGCCAGGCAUUUAUGUUGGUGACCUCGCUACAGAUACAAACCUCUUGGAUAAAAUUACCAUAAAAGACCGUAGUGCAAUUUGGUUCAGUCAGCUUCACCAGAAGCAGUCUGACAGCAAUUCCCAGUUGUUCAAUAUCAGCAAAUCAGGUGAAAUCUAUACAGCUCAAAAAUUAGAUGCAGAGUCACUAUGUAAAUACAACACACCAUGUUUUGAAAUGGUGGACAUUGCUGUACAGAACCAGCUUGCUUUCAUCAAAAUACUUGAAAUGAAAAUCAUAAUCGAAGAUGUUAAUGAUAACUAUCCUGAAUUUCCCACAAGAGAGAUAGUUCUUCAGUUUUCUGAAGCUGAUAAGAAAGGGACAAGUAAACCAAUUCCAAAUGCUAUUGAUAGGGAUGUGGGUGUUCUAAAUUCCCAGAUCAAAUAUCAGUUAAAAAAACAAGGAAAUGAACCAUUUAUUCUAUCGAUUGUUAAAAAAGUGGAUGGUAGUGCUAAACUUGGAAUUGUUUUAGAACAAGGUGUUGAUCGAGAGACAAAAGAUAAUUAUGUUCUUCAGCUUAUCGCUGAAGAUGAAGGAUUACCACCAAAGAGUAGUUUUCUAAAUGUGAAGAUAUUGAUUGAAGAUGAAAAUGAUAACUCUCCACUCUUUAACCAAAAUAUUUACAAUGUUUCUAUAAAUAGUAAUCAUCAGAAAAAUAUACCUAUUGUACAUUUAACUGCCAAUGAUUUAGACAUUGAUCAGAAUGGAAAUGUCUCUUAUCAUUUCGGUUCUAAGACAUCAAAAAAUGACCAAAUUUAUUUUAAAUUAAACAAGGCCACGGGCGAAAUAUUUUUGCAAAAGAGUCUCCUGCAAAGAGCCAAAAAGGUUUACAAGUUGUUCGUUGAAGCUACUGAUGGGGGAAAUCCUCCUUUGAGUUCCACUGCCAUUGUUCUAGUCUAUGUCAUCAACCAACAGAACAAUGCCCCUGUCAUAGACAUGAACUUUAUUUCUCGCUCUAAAGAAAAUAAUGCAAUGGUGUCUGAAGCAAUCAAAGUUGGAGGAUUCAUUGCAUUUGUUAAAGUCACCGAUGAAGAUAUUGGUAGAAACAGUGAAGUAUCAUGUGACCUUCAGCAUGAAAAACUUCAGCUAAGAAGCCUUGGAAAAAACAAAUACAAAAUUGUUGUGAAGAAUUUAAUCAACAGAGAAACUGAAAGUAGUAUUGAAAGCACAAUAAUUUGUGAAGACAAAGGAUCUCCCCCUUUAAGAACUGAAAGAAAGUUUUCCAUCCAAGUGAAAGAUGUCAAUGACAUACAGCCUCAAUUUACCAAAGAUACUUUCAAAUUUUUAACAUAUGAAAAUGAAGAACAAAAUUUUCCUGUAGGUUUUGUUAAUGCUACAGAUGAAGAUCUUGGGUCAGGAGGUCAGCUGAGUUUUUCUUUAUUUAAUGAAAGAGGAAUUAUUUUACCAUUUAAAAUUUCCGAUUUUGGAUUUAUUUCAGCAACUCAGUCUUUAGAUAGAGAGCGACAAGAUGUUUACAAAUUUAAAGUAUUAGUAAAAGACAAUGGUACACCAUAUCUUAACAACACAGCUAAUGUUGUUGUUGAAGUUAUGGAUAAAAAUGAUAAUGCACCAUAUUUUACUUUCCCUAGUGUUAAUCCUUUCAAUCUAGAUGUCCAUUACCAUCCGCAGAGUAACAGUGAUAUUACAACAUUAAGAGCUUCUGAUAGAGACAGUCAUGUAAAUUCCUUCCUCAGAUAUGAAAUACUUGGAGGCAAUGACAAACAGUUAUUUACAGUUAACCCUUACACAGGAGUUUUGUCUUUCUCUCGUACAGUUUACCAAAACGAUGCUGGAUCAUAUAAUCUAAAAUUAGCAGUCAAAGAUGGUGGUACUCCAGUUUUAUCAGCAACAACUAUACUGUCUUUGACACUAACUGUUAGCAAUACAACAGCCAAAAUGUACACAGCUGAAGACACAGAAUCAGACAACAGAAUACAUAUUAACUUGAUGAUUAUUAUAGUAGUAGCAGCAGUGAUAGUUUCUGUUGCUAUUGUAGUUUCUGUGAUUGUAUGCAUAAUACAUAAAAGAAAUCAGAAAGAAAGCCAUUAUGGUGCUGCCCAAGACUUUGUUGGUGAGAGAAGACCAUCAGGAUAUGUUUGUGAACAAGACUCUCCAAAAUAUGAUGUUCCUGUGGCAAUUUUAUCAGAUCCAAAACAACAAGCAAGAAAUACUCAAUCAAAUCUUAUUAGACAUGUUUGUCAACCUGAUUAUAAUCCAGGACAGAGUUGGAAAGGAUCUUCACCUCAUAUUCAAGUUCAAAACAGAACAGCUGACUCAAGGCAGUCAUUGGACAGUGGCCAUGCUGGGGCACCACCUUCAAGGGUUUUAGUCGAUUAUAACGACCCCAGUACUUUAUCUGGUACUUAUUUUAUCGACCUCGGAAGGAGGAAUGGCAAAGUCGACCAGGGCAGGUUUUAAACUCAGAAUGUAAAGGGACUUAACCAAAUAGCACAAGGUAUGUUUGUCCAGUGCUCUACCGAUUCUGCCAACCCAACACCCUUUGUUAUUCUUACUAUUAUUCCAGUAAGCUGCUGCUCUCAUCAGGAAUUUUUCAUCACACAUUCAUAUCUUGUUCAUUGAUCUCCAUCCACCUCAUCACAAAUUCAAUGACAAACAAUGUACAUAUUUAUUAUUAUUCACAGCCUUUGUAGCCAAUAAAGAAAGAGUCAUUAUUAUUAUUAUUAUUAUUAUUAUUAUUAUUAUUAUUAUUAUUAUUACUAUUAUUUUCUUUUUAUUUAUUUAUUUAUUUAUUUAUUUUUCACAUUGAAAAAAAGAAGAUAAUGAAAAAGGCAAUACAUAUUUAUUAACUGGAAAAAAAUUAACAAAAUAACAAACACGACUCUAACAAAAUACAACACUGUUUGAAAUAAAAAAUUUCUUGCCAAAAAAUAUCCCAAAAGGGAACUUUGUAAAAUAAAUAAAUAACAGAAGAAAUUAAAAAAAAAAUUGUACCCUCAAAAAAUAUUGUUGACCGCUUUCUUUUAUUAACAACUUAUUCAGUUAUAUUUAUAUUAACUAAAAAUUUUGUUAUCUUCCAGUCAUUAGGUGUAAUCCCUCGACCCUUACAUUUAUAUCCU